CUUUACUUGCCAUUGUCUAAGCCAUGUCUAAUUCAACAUAUAUACAGAAAAUAUCCCUUUCAGUAAGGCUGCUACUUGUUUUGCCAUCUGUCAUCCUCUUGUGUGCUUUCCUCUACUUCACCACAACCAUAAUCCGAGUCUACUGGAACAUGCAUCACGUCCGUCAGACCCCUCGUUACAUUCUCUUCUUCCACAUGCUCAUAUAUGAUACCUUGUUCCUCCUGUUGGGAUUCCUGUUGCUGAUGGCCACUGAGUUUUCUCUAACCAUGCUUAUCUCCAUCUGCUAUGUCUUAGUGAUGAUUGGAGAACUUACCUACAUGAUAACUCCAUUCAUCUUGGCAGCAAUGUCCAUGGAGCGCUAUAUAUCAGUGUGUUUUCCUUUAAGACAUGCAGAAUUAUGUACCACAAAAAGGUCCAACGCAACAGUGGCAGUGCUAUGGGUGGUGGCACUGACCCUUAAAGCUAUAGAUUUCCCUUUUUUAGCUAAAUAUGCGAAGAGUGAUUUUUUUGUUCAAUAUGUGAUGUGUCAAAGGAAAUUACUAAGUGUGAACCCACUUCAAGAAUUGUUGGCAUUUAUCAGGGCUAUGUUCAGCUUAGCAUUGGUAGGACUUAUCAUAAUUUAUACAUAUAUCAGCAUUUUAGUGGUGGCAUUAAAGAUUGGCUCUGGGAAGUCCUCCGGCUUGAAGGCAUCUAAAACGGUUCUGCUCCACGCGUUUCAGCUCCUUCUAUACAUCACAUCUUUUCUUUCUCCACUAGCUAAAGAACCAUUGAGCAAAAUGAUGUCCGGUGCAGAGUUUUUAGAAUUCCUGCUGUUUAUCUGUUUUCCAAGAUUUCUUGGACCCUUACUUUAUGGGUUAAGAGAUGAAACGCUUCGCAAAUGUAUACAAAGGACUUUAGGAAUUGGCCGGUUUAAUAAGAAAUUCUAA